GGUUUUAUUCUUUCUUCUGUUCCUCAAUGAACAAGUUCUUGUGUUUCAUGUAUAUUCCUUACGACUGGCUCAUGUAGCGAAUAUUUGAUCGCAGGUAGAUCUCGCUGCAGCUGAACGGUUGACGGAUAUGGCGACAACGCUUUUCCGAGGCGUUCGGUGAGCAUGCACCCAGGCCGUAUCACAGAGGGUAAAAUAGCGGCUUCACUGGCUGUCGAGGAUGGCCCAAGCGUUACUCAUGCAUCGUACUACCUCAUAUUCUUCCAUUCUACCCGUGAGCUCGUCAUCCGCGAAGGAUUCUUGGCAUUGCCUUGAUAGCUCGAUGUACUCAAAACGAAAGGACUCAAGCCCGAUUUUGCCGCUAACGCCGGCAGAUCUGGACUUCCUUCCAAUACAACAACAAUUCAUGAGAUCUUGGAAGCAUCCCAACAAGCCAAAACCCGAGGUCUGUGCCAUUUUUCGUAUACUUUCAUCCGAGCAGAGUCUCGAAAAGUACUCCUCGUACAAGCUCAAAGUAGAGAAAAAACGUGGCCUCGCCAACGUUGAAGAGCUUCUCUUCCAUGGCACAUCUCGCAGCUGUCGUCUCGGAGAAACUAAGAGCAAUGUCAAAUUGUGCUCAAUUCCUGAAUGCUACCUGUGUUGCAUCAUACGCGAAUCUUUCCACAUUGACAAGUCAGGGACUAGCCAUUCGUUUCAGAGGUUUGGUAAAGGCAUAUACACAACAUCAUGUUCCUCCAAGGCCGAUAGCUAUUUCCGCGAUGCUUCCGAGGGUUCCCCGUUUCGCUUGGUGUUAGUCAACCGGGUAGUCGUCGGCAAGCCACGCCGUGUACAUCAUAAUCGACAUCGAUCUCUGUCUCCAGCAAGCUAUGAUUCCUUGAUUGGAGUACCCGGCGAGGACCUAAAUCACGAGGAGACCGUAGUGUACGCAAAUGAAGCAAUCAGACCUGCGUAUCUGGUUGUCUAUGCUUAUUCUGGAUCUCUCAAGAAAACAAGGGUAGCGAAUUUUAUAUCGAAGAUUUUUAGGACCCCGUUGUUUGACGCAUGACGGUGAAGGGAGCUUGCGUUGUGCCGAUGGGUGGGUCCAUCAACUCGCUGCCACUCAAUAUUUACCAAUUGCUUAAAUUA